UACAUCUUUCAUCAAACAAAUUUUUUGGUCAAAUGAUUGAUUUGCAAAAUGUGACUUCUCCACUUGAAUCUCUUGAUUUGAGUAUAAACAACUUAGAAGGGACAAUACCUUCAUUCUUCUUUCGACUUCAAAACCUUACAUCACUAGAUCUUUCAUCAAAUAAUUUUUUUGGUCAAAUGAUUGAUUUGCAAAAUGUGACUUCUCCAUUGCAAUAUCUUGAUCUAAGUAGCAAUGACUUUGAAGGAACAAUACCUCCAUUCUUAUUUCAACUUCAGAAUCUUACAGAGCUUCAUCUUUCAUCAAACAAAUUUAACAAUAUUGUACAUCCAACAAAAUUUAAAAGCCAGUAUAUUGACGUUCUUGACGUUUCCCAUAACAAUUUGGUAAUUGAGACAACCAUAAGGACAUCUGAACUUCCCUUACUCCCUCAGUUUGGACAAUUAAAUUUGGGCUCCUGCAAUUUGCAAAAAAUUCCUGAUUUUUUGAAAAGCCAAACUAAAUUGUGGUGGUUAGAUCUUUCCAACAACACUAUUAGUGGAGAAAUUCCUAAUUGGAUAUGGGGAAUUGGUAAUGGGCAACUCUUUAAGCUCAAUCUUUCUCACAAUCGUUUGACCCAUAUGAAAGAGCCAAUGCAAUACGGUUCUCUUUAUUACCUUGAUCUAAAUUCUAAUAUGCUAAGUGGACAGAUCCCACGAUCACCACCCAAAGCUCAGUAUUUAGACUUCUCCAACAACAAUUUCUCCAUGAUUCCUCUUGAUAUUUUUGAUCAAAUCCCAUAUCUCCUUUUUUUCUUUUCCAUUGCAAAAAAUAGAGUAAGUGGAAAGAUCUCAACUUCCUGGUGUCGAGCAGCCAAUCUGAAAGUGCUUGACUUGUCCCACAAUGCUUUGCAUGGCACAAUACCAUCAUGUCUGGUUCAAAAUAACAGCAAUCUCUUUGUAGUGAAUCUUAGAGGAAAUCAUUUAAGUGGUGAGAUAUCACAGAAGUUUCAACAGAGUUGUUCUUUAGAGACAUUGGAUCUUAGUCAAAAUCUCUUAGAAGGGAAAGUUCCUCCCUCCUUGAUCAACUGCACAAAGCUUAAGGUCUUAAAUCUUGGAAACAACAAAAUAAGUGAUACCUUUCCUUGUUGGCUCAAUAAAUUGUCAAAUCUCCACAUUCUGGUAUUGCAUUCCAAUCAUUUUCAUGGAAGCAUUUCUUGUCCCAUGCUUGGGGUAAAUAACAGCUGGCCAAGUUUACAAGUCAUUGACCUAUCUUCCAAUAAUUUCAGUGGACAUCUACCAACUGAUUUAUUCUUGGCAUUAAAAGCUAUUUUGGUUGAGAGGAAUGAAUUAAACUCAAAGGCUGACUACUUGCACUUCACAGGAGAUAGUAGGAUUUACUAUAAAGAUUCAAUCAUAUUGUCUUUAAAAGGCCAAACUUACACUAUAGAGAAGGUUCUAUCUAUCUUCACUUCUAUUGAUUUUUCAAGUAAUCAAUUUGAAGGCAGUAUACCAGAGAGUGUUGGAGAGCUUAAACAGCUUUAUCUCCUUAACAUCUCUCACAAUGCCCUAACUGGAAAUAUUCCUCCAUCUCUUCAAAACUUGAAAGCUUUGGAAGCUCUGGACCUUUCAUUGAACAAUCUAACAGGAAAUAUCCCGGUGCAACUAGAGAUCCUAACCUUCCUGGAAGUCUUAAACUUGUCAUACAACCAUCUCGUUGGAAGGAUUCCAAGAAGCACUCAAUUGGAUACCUUUGAUGCAAGCUCAUUCAUGGGAAACAAGGGGCUAUGUGGAUUCCAACUUAAUGUAUCUUGCACUGGCAUUGAUGAACCAGCAUCUCCAAUACCAGAAUCAGAAGAGAAAGAAUCAACUCACCAUGUUGAUAUCUACAUUAGCGUUGCAUUUGGAUUUGUUGCAGGUCUAGGAGGAAUCUUUGUGCCACUUUUGCUAUCCAGCAAAUGGAGAUCAUAUUAUAACAAGAUGAUAGAUGGAAUUCUGUCAAAGAUAUUCUUUCAGAGAGGUCAAGGGAGAAGAAAGAAGUCUCGUUAGCAAAACUUCUUUUCGAUCAAUAAUUUUGGUGCUUAUAUUCUUCUCGUCAACCACCUACGUUGCUUAGAAGGUUCGGCUUCGUUUUUUCGUCUAAUCAGUUUCAUUCUCGUCGUUUCUCUCAAUGGUAUCAGUGAAGUCGACGAUCUGGUUGGGAUGGUGUGGACGCUGCCUUUCUUCACGCUGAAGUGGUUGGACGGUCGACGGUGGUGUUGUUUAAGCUUCCGGCGGUGUCUUCCUGACGGACAGAGGCAGUCGUGCAUGUCCCCAGCAGCGAUGGAUUUACAGUUGAGAAGCCAAGAAUGGUGAAAGUUGGCGGUGGCCGUCGACGAUGUAGGGGUUCCAGUCCGGGAGAGCGUGCGGCGAAUCCAACUAAAAGAGUUAGGGAAGCACCUUCAGUGGGUUGUUCGUCCCAGCUCCCUAAUGAUGAUGAUGAUUUUGUGGAAGAUCCGGCUAUUGGUGUUCAAAGAAUGUGACAGGAACCUGUUAGGGAUGCUCCGAAUAGCGAUUUAAUCGCGGAUAAGCGGGUACGUUUUCCGGCUCUUAGAAUUAGAGUGCCACCUUUGCUUUUUGUAGAGGCGUUGGAAGAUCUUACGGCACAACAGAGGAAGGAUAUUUGUGAUAUUGGGUUUGGUGACGUUCUUGAGUUAAAGAUUAAAGAGUUACCUGUUCUGUUGGGUCGUUGGUUGCUGUCAAAUUUUUACAAUGAGAAGAUGUGCGUACUGUUGGGUGAGGAAGAGGUCUUACCCGUUAGUGAGAAGGAUGUUAGUUCCAUUCUCGGGUUCCCACGAGGUGAAGGUGUUAUAACAAGCGGGAUCGCUAUACGAAGAGCAAGUUGUUGACUGCGUGGCGGAAGAAGUUUGAGAAGCAACGACAUGAUGUGUCCCCUGCUAAGGUUGCACAACUUAUUAGGGAGGAUCUUGAUGGGGGUUUGUGGUUCAAGAGGUAUUUUAUGGUUCUGUUGAUUUCCUCGAUGAUUUCUUGCAUGGGCAAUGGAUAUUGUAAUCAGAUAGUACGUGUUCCAUCAUUUGGAUGAUGUUGCAACUAUAUCACAACAGAAUUGGUGUCGUUAUCUGAUUGUUUC